GUGGAUAUUUUGCGUGAGCACGCAGUGAGAAAAGAGCGUGCAGCGGAAAAAAAUGAUCCCUCUUUUACGUCUUUCUAUGAUCAAUUUGUUUUGAAUACUACAGAACUUUCGUCCUCCGAGGAGCUUGUUCCUGUUCAUUAAAGAGCUGUGAGAUCCGUCUUGUGACUUCUGGGAUUCGUCUUUUCGUUAGGAUAAGCUAUCAACGCGGUGGGCGCGUGGUCGAAGCUAGCGGGUGGAUGAAAAAUCUUCGCAGCACACCGGCCGACGCACCGCAAUCACAAGUAGAACGCGCAUGGUGAAAGCUUUUUGUAUAUUUUCCGUUCUCUGGACGCACGUAAUUCUGCUUUCUUGCAGUAUUGAAUCUUCCGUCGCCGGCCGUCUGCGAGAAAGCCGCAUUAGAUCUGAACGGAGCUUCCUGAACCCGACGCAAACAAGAAACGCAAACGAGUUGGACAAAUUCGACAACUUAAAUAACUUUGACUUUGAUUCCACCGCGGCUGCAACUGCUGCAAAAUUCUCGACUAUAUCUUCCCAACAGGACCAGGACCAGGAGCAGCUGCGCGACUACAAGCCCAAACUUGCUAGAAAUCGAAGUUUUUCCAGCUCUUUGUCUUUCGAGGAAGAAAGCACUGCUAAGGACGAUAGCGAGUCCGUCAGCCAGCUACUAUUCCCGUUGUUGUUUUCGACGAGUCCUCCUUCUACCUCUCCACCUACAAGUAUAAGUAAAAAGAUCAAGACGAUGCAGCGCGCACACAUUUUUGUCACGGGAAAAGUCCAGGGGGUGUACUACCGAGACUCAACCAAGAAAAAGGCUGAGUUGCUCGGACUGGUAGGCGCCGCGUGGAAUUUGAAAGACGGAAGAGUAGAAAUCAUCGCGGAGGGGACGAAGGUACAAACAACGUCAACGCUAUAGCUAAUAUACAACUGAUAGCGGUGGACUGCGUGUAUGUAAGUACUUUCUUUGCAACUGGUAGUGGUACUUCUAGACCUACUUUUUACAUACGUAGAUUUUGAUUUUGUGACAGCCAAGGACUGGUAGCACUCCGGUGUUACUUUUCCGCGGCAACUCCCCAGUCUUGGCUGUUCGACAUCAAAACGGAUGCUUUUUGGUCAAGGACUGGUAGCAUAUUGUUGAGACACAGUGUGCUAGCCACUUACUCUCAGGAACUCAAUUAGCACGUACAACAGUCACUCGCUCGCCUAAAGAAGCGAGCACACAAUUGAUUUUGUGACUCAUAGAUAGAGAAUUGCCGCUCGUCGGAUUCAAAUUCUGCUGACGCACAUCAAUCACAAUCUAUGUCUAUCAGGACAAGCUUGACGAGCUGGAGCGCUGGUGCCAUCUGGGACCCGAAGGAGCCAAGGAAGUUGGUCUCGACAACGAUUUGACGGCAAAGCGAAAGGUUGAUUCGGUCGAGAUAACCUUUGAAGCAGCGAAGGGGGAUCUGGGGAGGAAGUUCAAGAACGGUGGGUCCAAGUAGUAGCUGGAGGAGGUGUUGGGCCGAGCAGGAGUGGACACUGAGCCACGACUGAUGGUGAUGUCCGUGUUUUUUUUUGGUGUGUUGCAGUGGAAGUACCUGCAGCACUGAUGUGUCUGUGUGUCCUUGGUGAAUUUGCAGGGACUUGGAAAGAAAAAGAAUUGCAAAUUAUGCAACUGAGCUAAGGUACUCUGUUUCUGCUUGAUUUUCCUUUUACCGGCUGAGAGAACGUUGAAGUCGUGGAGAACAAACUUUAUCAUCGACGCGGAAUGUGAACAACUUCCGCGGAAUAGUGCAUUUAAUGACCGAUUCCGAUUGUGGUGCGAACUCAGAGCAAUUCCACCACAUUGAAGACAGAGGUGAAGAAGGAGGACCCCCCGAGAACUAAGGUCCUCCGAGUAGGCCUACAGGACCUGGCUGCGAAUGCGAUUUCAGUGGGUCAGCCGCUAAAAGUGUGCACCCGGGAACUUUGUUAUUUAGUCCUAGUGAAUGAGAAUACAUAUACAAAGAAAGGC